AUGGCACUCUACGUCAGCAGAGCUCCCAGUCUCGAUACCAGGCCUACGUCGUCCAUUUUGGCGCGAAACCUGGUCCUGUGGUGGCGAGGUGUAGGCUGCCCCUCAGGCCUUGCAGGUCACUGCAGACGGCCAGUCGCAGUUCUUGGUGGCCGGAUUAAAGAGCGUGGUGAUGGGGCAGGCCAUGUAGUGGCUGCCGCUGGAGCCGCAGUUGAAGAAGCCCUUGCAGCCGCCGGCGACGUCGGCAAAGAGGCCAGACUUUCCUCCAGAGCAGCCGCACGUGGCGUCCUUGGCGGCACAUGCCGGGGGAGGAGGGGGAGACUUUCUUGA